CACUUGGCCUUUAGAGUCUGGCAAUCAAAGAGUCGUACAAAGUUCGUCGAUGGCAGUUUCAUUAGUGAACUACUCAGCUAUUGGAAUGGCCCUCUUCCUCAUCCAAUUGCUAUGGGAAGUCACGAGUCAUUCAAAAUACUCGCAAUCGCUCACUUGAGCCUGACUGGCAAUGCUUCAUGCUGGGUCUCCGUUUCUACUUCUCUCCUCCAGAUAUUGAAUUAUGCCUCAGUUAUGGAGGAUCCGCAACUGGCUGUUAUUCUCCUAGAUCAUCCGAUACUAAAUGAGCCUGACAAGAAGAUACAUGCAGGUCAUCUUCUAGGCUGGCUGAAGAAGAAUGGGCAAGCGCGGUGGGCGAACUACAAA